ACAAAACAGUAAAACGGUGCGCACAAAAUAAUAUUGCUUCAUUUCAUACUAGCUCAAAUCUCCCAAACCUUCAAGCAAAACCCUAACAACGACGCCGAUCAGGAUUCAGGCGCAACAAAGAAGAAGAUUCCCUGAGUUCUGCGAUCAAUUAGAACCGAUUAAAAUAAAGUAUUAGAUUUUCAAUUGAAAAAUGAUGAAUUUUACAACAAUGUUUUGCAAACGUCUAAACGUGAAGGAGCUUGUCACCAAUGUUCCUGUAUACGAAAGCAUUAGAGAUAGCUCUGCUGGUGGAUUAAGCUUGAUUUUAAGGCGUUGGGCUACCAAGAAGACAGCCGGAUCCACCAAGAAUGGCCGAGAUUCGAAACCUAAGAACCUUGGAGUGAAAAAAUUUGGCGGCGAGAGGGUGAUACCUGGAAAUAUCAUAGUUAGGCAGCGGGGAACUCGAUUUCAUCCUGGAAACUAUGUCGGGAUGGGGAAAGAUCACACCCUUUAUGCCCUGAAGGAAGGAAAUGUCAAGUUUGAGACUCACAAACUUAGUGGCCGCAAGUGGGUGCAUGUUGAACCCAAAGAUGGAUUUCAGCUUCACCCUGUCUAUGCUAAAGCAAGCGGUGCUUCAACCCAGCUCAAUACGACACCCUCUUGAAUUAUUUGUAAUUUUUGAUUUAUCUUGAAUUUGGUUUAGCCUUGGGGUGAUUCCUCACAUUUUCAAAUAAAGAAUAAUUAUAUAACACUAGUUUUUGGACUCCAUUUUUAUUUCCUCGUCAGUUCAAUUUAGUUGAGUGAUGUUGUUUAA